UUCGGGUCUGUGUGUUACCCUGUAUGACAUCAAGUCAAUUGAAGGUGGUUUCAUCUAUCCAAGUGCAGGAUAUGCACAAUUUCAGGUCACAUUUCGGCUUGUGAUGUUUCGUCCGUUCGUCGGCGAAAUCCUGAUAGGCAAACUCAAGCACUGUGAUGAAACUGGACUCUUUAGUAAUUUUUGUUUGCGCUGCCUUCUGGGCAGCACACUCUUUGUGGUCCGAUUUCGUGUGGCGGAUGUAAAAUAUCCUCCGAUUCCUAUUGAGCACGAGCGAAAUGCAAAGCCAUUUGCACCAAUGCAAAUCGUGGGUGAUGUCAAUGCCGAUGGACUUGGCUUGCUGUCUUGGUGGUCCUGAGGAUUUCUGGGUUUGGUCUAUUGAGGAGAGCUGUCCUCAAUGCCGAAUGAAUUCGCUUGAGAUUU